UGACUACGUUUACACGGCAAGGUUAAUCCGGAUUAGUAACAACCGUAGUUAGUGAAUUCUUUGAUUCGAUUGGUAUAUUCUUUUAGAUCUAAAAAUAUAUUCUAAUCGGAUUCGAGACUGCAUUAACUACGGUAGUUACUAAGCCGAAGUUAGAAGCUGUGUAAACGUAGUCAUUGUAGACCACGCUUUAGAAAAUCGCUACUUGCAUUCAAUUGGGUCAGUGCAAGUAACCGCAUUCAGGAGCGCUAUUCUGUACAUGUCUACCGACAAUUGUCGGUAUCGGUCGUUACCGACGAACGUCGGUUGCGUGACCGACGUUCGUCGAUAGAACGAUGCACACCUAUUCUCUACAUGGACACUACCGACAAUCAUCGGUGCAACCGACGAAUUUCAAUCGUCGGUUGACGUCACAAAUGGUCGAGAGACAGUCACGGACAAAAGUGAGAAUACAUCGUAAUUCGACCAAUCGCGUAACGAGUCUAUGAGAAAGUCCGCGAUUUUCAAGUUUUACAAACAUAACCGUAUUCAUAGAGUUGUGUAGAAAAAUAGAGAAGAUACAAGAGAAAGCAUCAUGUCAGAGAAUAGAAUACUAUUAAAGAGCAACGUUCUUCGCGUGCAUCAAUAUUGCAAAUUGAAGAUUUGGUAUAUGGAAAAGCAUAGCCGUUUCACUGCCGGCCGGUUUAACGGAAAUGAGGGGAAACUGCAACUGCAGAUGCAGUGGGAUGAACUGUGUAAAAGGCUAAAUUCUCUAUCCGGGCCAAAGAAGUCGGUCAAGCUGUGGCAAACUGUAUGGCGGGAUCUGAAGAGCAUUUCUUCGAGGAAAGCAAGCAAGUUAAGAGCUGAGCGCUUACGCACAGGCAAUUUUCCAGCUGAAGAAGCCCCAUUGCAGAACAUUGAACAACGCGUAGUGUCUGCAAUUGGUUUAGAUUAUGUUGAGGGAAAUGCGCAUUGUCCUGAUAGUUGCGUGGAAGAUAUACGUAUAUAUGUUCAAUGAAAAUAUUGAACGACUUGAGAUGGAUGACGAAGAUCCCCUUUAUCAAAUCCCACAGACCCGCUCUUUACAUUGUAUAUUGUACAUAUUUAAUGUAACAAUGUUACUGCAUAAUUCUUCAUUAUAAUUAAAACGUGGAG